AAUAACUGCAGGAAAGUUUCAUCGAGCAAAUAAAAUGACACCAAGUGUAUUCUCCAAGUUAAGAAACGGCAGCGUUAAUUUUUGUGGGUGGUGACUAAAGAAGAGCCAAUAGCUGGCGGCCCACUUGGACUUUAAGUCAGCCCAUUUUUGUUUGUCUAACCAAAAAUGGUAGCUAGGUCUCUUUUGUAAGAUUGCAUACCGUUUCUUCUCUUAGGUCUUUUUUAACAUAUAGAGUUCUUCUUUUGAUCGGUCAUCAUGAUUAUAUUGUCGAGAUUGCUUGCAAAGUCAGUGGCGAGGUUUCAUUGCGUGUCGAAGCGAUGGGCAUCAACGUUAGAUAGUCCAAAUUUCAAGGAGUUGUUCCUGACCAAGUCCUCGGCUAAGCCGCUUCUCUUAUUCGCCAUCGAAGAAGAAGGUAUUUGGAGUUUCUUCUCGUCGCCUCAGCUUGAGAAUCCAUAUGAGAAAUCCUCGUCGACUCUUGUAGCAGCCGCAUCAUUUCAUGUGAAGUUCUCACCAGACAAUUUACGGAUCAAUCAUUAUUAUAACCUAAGAUAUUUUUCAAUUGGCUACGCCUCUGGCUUGAUCUAUAUCUAUGGUGAUCGACACCAGGCUAGACCUCUGAUAUGUAACCCCAACACAGGACGGUAUGCAAUCUUACCUUAUAGGUAUACCUACAGAAAGGCGUAUAGCUUUUUCGGGUUUGAACCGAUUGACAAGCAAUACAAGGUAUUGUCCAUGGCUUAUCCAUGUGGUCCUGGUCAUGAUAAAGUUCUUACAUUUGGAGCUGGAGAUAUGACGUGGAGAAGGAUAAAAUGUUCCUUGAGGCAUGAUGCUUAUAGUGAAGGGGUAUGCAUCAAUGGGGUUUUGUAUUACUUAGGUGACACGUCGGAUUGUUAUAAUGAUGGUCAUGAUGUAACGUCUCGUUAUGUGAUAGUUUGCUUUGAUCUUAGGUCUGAAAAGUUCACCUUUAUUGGCGUAGAAAGGUCUUGUGGAUUGAUAAACUAUAAGGGUAAAUUAGCUGUGAUUUUUUGGGAGGAUUAUGACGACUUUUAUUCGGAGGAUGGCGACGCCGAGUUGCGUGUGUGGGUUUUAGAGGACGUUGAGAAACAUGAAUGGUCGAAAUAUGCCUACACUUGGACCGAUGGUAAAUUCUUCCGUCGUCAGGUUUCCAUGGUUGGAGUGACCACUUCGGGUGAUAUAGUGUUUUCGAUGUGCAAGUAUACAUUUGAAGAACCGUUUUAUGUUUUUUACUUGAAUCCCGAAAGGAAGACUCUCCAACGUGUUGAAAUCCAAGGUUUUGGUGAAGUGUUUAAGGAAACUUGUAGCGUUUGCACCUUUGUAAACCACGUACAGAAUAGUAAUGUUAACCAUUUAAAGCUACUCCAGUCAGAGCAUCCUCCAUUGGUGGAGCCAGAAUAUUAUGGACAAUCAGAGUCAGAUUCAGAAUGAGACUGAGAAGGGACAAGGAGAAGAAGAUAGAGACGAUCAUUGGACUUAGGUGAAAGCAAUGGGCAUGUCAUUUUGUGCUCUUAAGUCUUACCUAUGAGUUUUUUUUUUUCUUUUUUCGGUUAACCUUAUCUAUAUUUACUGUCUUUUUCCUCUCUUGAACGAGCUUUAUACAUGUAUCCUUCAUUUUGUUUGGUCUCAAGAACAUGGUUUUGUAGUUUCUCUUAGUUCUCUGUC